CACCCGCACGGAUUUCGACUUGUGGUGAAAUUCAAGGUGACUUUCCAUAAGGUCACCCAUCCUUGUUGUACUCCACACUGAGCACGUUUAACUUCGGAGUUCUUACAAGAACUCUUCCAUUACACCCCAAAACGCGUCUUUUCAGUUAAGGCCGGUUUCCUACUUAUGAACCAUGGAUCUCUCCCGUGCUUUGUCGAUGUGGGAUUUGCCUAAGGUGAUACAUAUUUUUUAACAUUAGCGUGCAUCGAAUGCUGGGCCGCUUGUCAGGACCUAGUAGGCGCGCCGAGGAAGGAGGCGCCUCACCACCCCACAUCCCCCGCCAUGGCAAGAUAGUAUAACCUGAAUCGAUAAUCGUCCGAGAAUAAGAUGUGCCAGGGUCGGGAUCCGCACUUGACGUAUCAUCCUCAGUAAGCGCCUCCAGACGGGUAUAUGAUUGAUCAUCCUCGAUAUCACUAGCAAUCUCGGCGAGUCUCCAUUUGGAUCGUCUAUACACUGUUUUGAUCCACUAAGAUUCCCAAACAACAAAUAUAUGAUAUUAAAGUUAACAAAAUAGAGAGAGCAUAGCUUACCCAUCUUCCUAACUUUGCUUAAGGAAGCCUUCUCCUUUCCUUUCUUCGAGGCAGAGGCGCCACCCAUAGACGCAGAAGGUUGAGAAUUGUUGGAAGCCAUAAGAGAGUGAUGAGCAGCAAAAUGAAUCUUGGAGGAGAAGCGUGUACAACGCCUAAGACGGUAACGCGCGGGUAAAAAACCGUUGUCGCCUCCCGUGACUGUGUUUUGAUAGGCGCCUCUGACGUCUUGAAAUCGAAACCUGCGAGCAAACAAAGUGUAAGGCGCGAGUAAGCGGGGCGGCGCUUUUGAAAGAAAACAUGAACAAAGCAAAAUUUACAUUAAAGGGGCGCGAGUAAGCGGGGCGGCGCUUUUGAAAGAAGCCCACAGACGGCAUCACAUUAAAUUCACCAAAGAAAAUUCACCAAAGAAAAUUUACACAAAGGGGCGCCGCCCCCCUUUUCCUUUUUGCUAGGCGCCUACAAAGAGGAAGGCGCCACUGAUCAGACUACCAAACUACUCUCGGAGGCGCCUACACCAUAACCUAAAGCAAGAUCACACCUAGCUAAUGGUACUAGAAACAAAAGACGCCACCGUUCAAACUACCAAGCUACUUUCAGAGGCGCCUACCCAUGAACAUAAAGCAAAGUACAAGGCGCCACCAUUCAAAUCACCAAACCACUUUCAGAGGCGCCUACUCUUUAACCUAAAAAUCACACCUAGUUUGCGAUAGGUAGCGCCAUCUGCGCGAAGAAAAGGAAUUAAAACAGGAGGCUUGGGAGGCGUUACCUAUCGAGGAGAUGCCGUCGUUGUAGGGAGAUGGGAGGCGCGCGGGCCAAUUACAACCAGGAGAGAAGCGUCGGUGAGAAGGGGGGAGGAGCGCCUACGCGAAGAAGAAGGAGCGCCCGCGCGAAGAAGAAGGAACGCCGCCGCGAGGCAAAACACAGGACGAGCGAAGCGAUGCAAAGGCGCCUGCGCAAAGCAAAGCGCCGAGACAAAGGCGAGCAGGGAAAGAGAGGCGCCGAGGAGAAGGGGAGCAGGGAAAGAGAGGCGCCGAGGAGAAGGGGGAGGGGCGGCCGAAUUUUGGUGGAAGAAAAGUGAAGAGGGAAGGGAUGAAGGGUUUAAAUAGGAAGGAGGUAAAAGGGCGCACGGUUUUUGAAGCAGGCUUCCCUAGAGCCCAACCUUCCACUACCUCAAUUAAACCCCCCCCCCCCUCCAAAUUUGAGUGGGCUUGGUCCAAAACUGCUGCUAGCAGCCUACAGGGGGUAGCGUCUUCGCUAUCACCCCAUGCCUUGCCAGUAGUUUGAUUUUUACCAAUAUUUUAAUUAUUUUGUUUAUUUAUUCUUUUAUAAUUUUUUCUCCUGUCCCUCUAUACUCUUAUUUGAGCUAUCUAUGUAUUUUAUUUUUUAUUUUCUUUCUUUCUUCCUUUCUUUUUCCAUUUCUUCACAGUUUGUGUAGUUUUACCAGCAUAGAGCAUAUUUGUUUGACAAUACCGUAUACUCACGGCAUCGCCAAAAGGGGCAAUUGAUAGGGUAUCAUAGUGACUAAAGAAUUAAUACCAUG